CUGGCUGAUCAAAACAUACCCUAUGAUGUCUGUAUAUGAGCUAUAGAUAACAAUGCAAUAAAAAUACCUAAACAAUUUUUUAAAAUGACUGCAAACAUAGUCGUUAAAUGUAGAAAUUGUCGAAGAAAUAUUAUAGAAGAUUGUGAAAAUCACCUGGUUAAUGCACAUAACCUGCCUCGAAAUAAAGACCAUGAAGUUAAUUGUUUAAGCAUUACUGAAGAAACCAAUAUAUUUUUGAAUGAAGAAAAUUUACCUUUAUGGAUAAGUAACAAAAUACAGGAAGUAAAUUGGUCCAAAGGAAGGUUAAAUUGCACUGAAUGUGAUGCAAGAAUAGGAGGGUUUGAUUUUAUUUCCGGACAUAAAUGUGAAUGUUUAGAAAAUCCACUGCCACCUGUUCAUUUCAUAAAAAGUAAAGUUGAUUUAAUAAAGGUUAAACAGUAAA